AUGCAGAUCCAAUGCCGUUUCAUGUGGACGACUAUCCCCUCUUUGGUAUGGGGAUUUACGCAAAGUGACUUCCCAACCUUCGUCCUGCCAAAUGCGAGCUUUGGAAUUUUCGCUGCAUUGGUGGCCCCAGCAUUCACCAGUUGCACAGAGAUCCCUAAUCCUUGGGCCCUACUUGUUCGAGCCGCACCAGCCGCUAUUAUAUUCAACUGGGCCAACCUACUCGUCUUCGAUAUCGCCAACCAACGCCUCCUGGAAUCGAUAAGGGAAGAUUCCCUGAACAAACCCUGGCGACCCUUGCCUCGCGGCCUCAUUGACCCGAAUGAGACCAGGAGGCUGUUACUAGGAGCAGUCCCUAUUGUGUUGGCCCUUAGCGCAGCGCUUGGCGUGUGGGAAGAAAGUGCCCUAAUCCUGAUCCUAACUUGGAUGUACAACGACCUCGGUGGGGGCGAUGAGCUGACUCGCGACAUAAUGAUCGCGAUUGCGUACGAUGUCUUCUUGUUCGGCUCGCUUCGGAUUGCUCUUGCUACUACGACAUCAUGUGCAAACAUUAGUCUCUCGGCCACUGGCUUUCGCUGGUUGGGAAUAAUAGCGGGGGUAAUCAUGAGCACCAUGCAGAUCCAGGACUUGAGGGACCAGGCCGGGGAUCGGACUCGCGGACGGAAGACGUGGCCCCUUGUGGUGGGCGAUAUGGCCUCGAGGGCGUGGAUCGCCACUUGUGUCAUGUUCUGGAGCUUUGCGUGCAUUGAGUUUUGGGAUGUCCCACUAUGGUGUCUGUUGGGCCGGUCUUGCUGGGAACGUGGAUUGGAACUUGCGUCUUGCUGA